GGACAGGAGGGGUGACAUGAGAGGAGCGGACGAGUCGCGCACAGUGAAAAGUUGGAAGCAAGUUGAUGUACCGGAGGGAAUUGCAGCCGGGACGUCUGCGGGACACUGCGAAGAGAAAGGAGAUGCACCAGUCGGACGGCAACGCAGGAUGAGAGGAUUGGAGUUGAGAAAGCACGCGGUGUGUGGCGGACAGUGAAGUGAAGUGUGCGCUCACCGGAGAGGAGUCCAAUGUCUACUCAGCCUGCAACUUGGAGCGGCUCAUAAAAACAUUUUUUUUUUUUUUAAACAUUGAAAAUGGACCUCGCAUCUUAUAGAGACUGAGCUCGUUAAAAUAAUUCUUUAUCUUUUGAAGCGGAGUUUCCACCACUUUUUCUCACUUUGACGCGAACUUCUGCAUGAGGCGCACACCGACGCAAAUCUUGUUCAACGAUCUUGGACGGGUCAGGCCAUGUAAAAUACUGUGUUGAUGCCAGCAAGCCAGAUAUCGGGAGCUGGCUGAAAUACAUCCAGUUUGCCCCCAGUGCCAAGCAGCAUAACCUGACAGCCUGCCAGAUAGAUGAUCAGAUCUUCUACAAAGUCACUCGAGACAUUUUCCCCGGUGAGGAGCUUCUACUUUUCAUGAAGGCAGAAGAGUAUUCAUGUGAUACUUCCAUGGCUCCUGAUAUUCAUGAAGAGAGGCAGUACCGCUGUGAAGACUGUGACCAGCACUUUGAGUCUCGCAGCCAGCUGCUGGACCACCAGAUGCAACAGUGUGGGAUGCCUCCCUCCUCCUUUCUCGAUGCAGGAGAGGACAGUGACAUCAAUGCCCAGGAACCUCAAGACCUUCGACCCUUCCAUAUGUCUCAUGAGUUUCAUGAGUGUAAAGAAUGUGAUCAGGUCUUCCCAGAUAUCCAAAGCCUGGAGGCUCAUACUCUGUCCCACUCUGAGGAGAGGGAAUAUAAGUGCGACCAGUGUCCCAAGGCCUUCAACUGGAAAUCAAACCUUAUCCGACAUCAGAUGUCGCAUGACAGUGGCAAGCACCAUGAAUGUGAAAACUGCUCAAAGCAGGUGUUCACAGACCCCAGUAACCUGCAGAGGCACAUUCGCUCGCAGCACGUUGGGGCACGGGCCCAUGCCUGCUCUGACUGUGGCAAGACGUUCGCAACGUCUUCGGGCCUAAAGCAACAUAAGCACAUCCACAGCAGUGUCAAGCCCUUCAUGUGUAAGUCACUAAGACCCUACCUAUGUGAGGUAUGCCAUAAGUCCUACACGCAGUUCUCAAACCUAUGCCGUCAUAAACGUAUGCAUGCUGACUGCAGAACACAGAUAAAAUGCAAAGACUGUGGACAGAUGUUCAGCACCACCUCGUCCCUGAAUAAACACCGGCGUUUUUGCGAGGGAAAAAACCAUUUCGCGACAGGAGGAUUAUUUGCUCAAAGUAUGUCACUCCCCGGUGGUCCAGGUUUGGACAAAUCAGCAUUGGCCCUGGCCCACAGCAGUGCUGGAUUGGCUGAUUAUUUUGGAGCUAGCCGCCAUCACGGUGGACUUACUUUCCCUGCCGCUCCAACCUUCCCGUUCAGUUUCCCUGGCCUUUUUCCUUCUGGACUCUACCACCGUCCACCACUAAUCCCUACCACUUCUUCCCCGGUUAGACAACCGGCUCUCACAGCUGUUGCUGGGCCUGGUGCUGAGGUAAGCCAGAAUCCGCUGCUGCCUCCUAGCCCGGGAGCUCAGGAGUCCAGAGAGCUCCUCAAGGCGCUUCGAAAGGAUGAUGGUGGUCUUGAAAGUCAGAUCGCCGCUUCAGACCUUCAUACACAUAGCUCAUUGUCCUCCACCAAACAACGCAACAAGCAAAGUGACCAAUCUGAGAGCAGUGAUCUUGAUGAUGUCAGCACACCCAGUGGAAGCGAUCUAGAGAGUAUGUCAAGCUCUGAGCUUGAAAGUGACAUGGACAGUGAGAGAGACAGGGGGGGUAUGCGGGAAAAUGGCCAAAGCCGCAAAAGGAAGGGUAGCGACGGUAGUCCCCAGAGUUUGAGCCUGACAAGCAGCAAUGCUGGACCUUCCCUCAUCCCUUCCUCACUGGAUGAGCACACAGCUGUUACAGGGGCUGUCAAUGACUCUAUUAAGGCCAUUGCCUCCAUUGCGGAGAAGUAUUUUGGCUCUACAGGCCUGGCUGGCCUGCAGGACAAAAAAGUCGGGUCACUGCCCUAUCCUUCCAUGUUCCCUUUACCUUUUUUCACAUCUUUCUCUCCACCGGUCUAUCCUGUUCAAGACAGAGAUGUCCGAUCCCAAAUGCUGAAGGGUGAGCCACAGUUGCAGACAGAAGAUUGCAAAAAGGCUCAGAGCAAGUCUUCAUCAGAGUCACCAUUUGACCUCACCACAAGACGAAAGGAGGAGAAGUCUAGCACGUUUGCGCCUUCCAAACGAGAAACCUCUCAUUUCACUGGUCAGGAUCAACCUUUGGACCUCAGCCUAGGCACCAGAGACCGUGGAUGCAGUACUAGAGAAGAAGAGAAAAAAAUGACGAAGAAUGACGGUCAUCAAGAUGAGAAGGCAGUCAUGGAAACGCCAAAGCCUGACUCCUCGUUACAACAUGCCAGGCCGACUCCUUUCUUCAUGGACCCCAUCUACAGCAGGGUUGAGAAGAGGAGAAUGAGUGAUCCGUUUGAGACGCUGAAAGACAAGUACAUGCGGCCAGCUCCAGGCUUCCUCUUCCAUCCUCAGUUUCGUUUGCCAGAUCAGAACACAUGGAUGUCAGCUAUUGAGAACAUGGCUGAGAAGCUUGAAACUUACGGCUCUCUGAAGCCCGAGUCUGGUGAACUGCUGCGUUCUGUCCCUUCCAUGUUUGACUUCAGAGCUCCACCUUCAACACUUCCAGAGACGCUUCUACGUAAAGGCAAGGAGCGCUAUACUUGCAGAUAUUGUGGAAAAAUCUUCCCACGUUCUGCCAACUUGACACGCCACCUUAGGACUCAUACAGGGGAGCAACCUUAUAGGUGUAAAUACUGCGACCGCUCUUUCAGCAUCUCCUCCAACCUGCAGCGCCACAUUCGUAACAUCCACAACAAGGAAAAGCCCUUUAAGUGCCACUUGUGUGAUCGAUGCUUUGGUCAGCAAACCAACCUGGAUCGUCACCUUAAGAAGCACGAAAAUGGCAAUCUGUCAGGUACUGCAAUGUCUUCACCACAGUCGGAACUAGACGGUAGCAGUGCCAUAUUGGACGACAAAGAAGACUCAUACUUCAAUGAAAUAAGAAACUUCAUCAGCAACGCAGGCCAGAGUCAAACAUCACCGGACCCCUCUGAAGAAGGUGUCAAUGGCACAGACUUUGAAGAAAAGAAUCUACUGAUGGCCAGGCAUGGGUCACAUGACUUGGAAGACGAGGAAGCAGACGAGCUUGCUGCUGAUGAAGAAAGGGAAGAGCUCAGUAACACUCUAAUUAAACCCCAAGAAAAGCUGUCGCCCUGCAAUAUUAGUGAUGACAUCAUACAAGAUGAAAUGGAAUUCAGUCAGGCAAAUGACUUGAGCCAGAAUUGCAAAAUCUCCCCGAAGAGGUAUAAGGAUGAGGAAGAGCCAAGUGGCUACUCUGCCUUGGAUCAGAUUCGUCACUUUUCAGAUAUCAACAAGCUGGAGGAGAGUGAAUUGAGCGAUGGGGAGGGUGAUGAAGAACAUCAAUCGUUUGCCCCAACCUCUCUCAACGAAGCAGUAAAACAGCCUCUCUUUAGGAAAUCAAAGUCACAGGCGUAUGCCAUGAUGUUGUCUUUGGCUGAAAAGGAAAGUCUCCACCCCUCCACCCAUACCACGGCUUCCAUGUGGCACAGUCUGGCUCGGGCUGCUGCUGAAUCCAGUGCCCUCCAGUCCCUCAGCCAUGUAUGAUGACACCCGCGUUCACCUUUUAUGUCCCCUAUAUAUACACUGACUCAUGGAAUUGGGAGCCCAUUGCAAGGGCGCUCUUCCCCCUCAAUGUCUUCGAAGUGACUGCAAAGCAGAAUCACGGCCCUUCUGACUGCUAAGUGGAGCGCCUUGGACACAAAGCAGGGUCCCUUCCUAGCCCAGCCCAGAACACCUGAAAUUUUUGAGAGAAAAACAUCCCUCUGAGACCUUAAAAUGGAAUUCAUAAUAUGGCACCUCACAGGAUGACACCAUUGUGGUGGGAAUAAUAAAUCUAAAGUAAUAAUAGUGGUAUUUAUUCUCUUCAUUUGCACACCAAAGGCAGCUGGUGGACUUGGAAAUUGUGCUGAUAUAUCUUUGAUAGACUGCAUUCACUGCCCAAUUCACAUAAAGCAGGGUGAAUAAUUUGGAGUUGCUUGUGUCUGAAAGACAAGUAGGUCUAACAGUAACAUUAAGACUGUCUUUAAUGACAUAACGUAUAUAUAUCCAAACUGUAUUGGAAUUCAAACCGCUGGGUUCCACGUGUUGCUUGUAAAAAACAAACAAACACACAAACAAACAAACAAAACAAUGCACUUAAUGUAAUGAAGGGUGGUAGCAACUUGGUUCCGAUAACUCCAUAUGAUCAACGUUCUCAUACAAAUAAAUCGAGCUAGUACCCUCUCUGUACUCACAGUGUGUCUGCACAAUCAUUGCACUGUACACAAUUGUCGACCGACCAUUCUGUACUGUGCUCCAUCCUGCCCAUCUCGCUAUCUGUGAAAGGUUAUAAAUAGAUUGUCAUUUCAGUGGAUGAAAAGAAAACAAUGUUUUUACUGAGAUAAGUAGCCAGUGCUGAAGUUAAAUGUUGUUCUGUAAAGGGCAUUCGUCUUUUUUCCACACUAUUAAAUUCAUUCUAGUCAACCAACAAUACCACUAAAUAGCCUGAAUGCUAGUUGUUAUUGGCUCCAUUCUUGUGUAUAUCAGUCAUCUUAGACAAUCAUGUUUUUGUUUUAUUUCCUAUUUUUUUUGUUGAUGUUGUCGGUGUUGGUCUUGUUGUUUGCUGUUGUAUGUUGAGAAUUGUAUUUAUUUCUUGGCAAACUGUAGUUUGUUUACUAAAUAGCACUGCUCUAAGCCCGGGUGACGGCAAAUUUCUCUCCGGGACGAACCCAGACUUCAUUGGGGAUUGUAGAUUCCAUUUUAAAUGCCACAUAGUAUUAAACAUACACGUACUCCUUAUUCUUUUAAUGGAACUGGUUGACGAAUAGAUAUUAGGUCUUUAUUUUAAUGAUGAUUUAUUGAUUUAAUUAUACAAAAAAUGAACAGUUUUUAAAAAAUUUUUUUUAAAAAACAGUACACAGAAUGAAAUCAGUGAACAAUAAAAACAACCCAGGUAUCAUUUGUUCGAAAGCGCAUGAUUGGUCUGCUAAAAUUUAUGUUGACAUUUUCUACGGUUGUCUGCAAGUUUGUGUGGCGUUCAGUUCUUGUUGAGCCCUUGUGCCAAACUUUUAAAACAAAAUAAAAAUAACUUAAACAGACUGCUCUUAUGUAUUCUCCCAUUUUAAGGGACCACAUUUUUUCUUUUUGUCCUUGUUUAUAAUCAAUUUUGAAAAGUAAUCAGCAAGUUGAGGUACUUUUAUUUUAAUGCUUUUUACGACGUAACUGUUAUGCAUUUCAAUUCAAAUAAUGUGGGAGGAACAACUAAAUAAAGGACUCCAAUGUGGAUUGAUAUGUCUUUCUUCCUCUCGUUAUUCUGCCACAGACAUUUUACUCAUUCAUUUGAAACCUCCCUCCCAGCACCCCUUCUCAUGCCCAUAAU